UGAAACUGGUUACAUAUACGGAAGUACAGUUGCCGUCAUAGCGUAGAUCGGGUGUUUGUUUCAUUCAGUUUACCUUUUGUGAUCAUAAGUAUUAAACAUCGAAGCAUUUUACUAAUAUAAAUUAGUAGGUAGACCACCAACUAGCUUUUCCAGUCAAGUUAUAUGGAUUUUCUGGUACUUCUGUCAUGGGCGUGCAUCGUUUUCACAGUCGGGAUGUUCUCCACAGGACUAACGGACCUAAAGAAGAUGAUGUCCACCAAAAGUUCGGACAACAUACAAUUCCUCCCAUUCCUCAUGACCUGCCUCAAUAAUCUGGGAUGGUUAUAUUAUGGGAUGUUGAAGAAAGACGGGACGGUGAUCCUGGUGAACGUCAUCGGAGCCUGCCUCCAGGUCCUGUACAUCAUCUCCUACUGCCACUACACCAAAGAAAAGCGCCACGUGAUGGGUAAGAGUUCAGUGGCGGCAGGGGUGCUGGCCGCAGGCUGGCUGUACUUCUGCGUGCUGCUGCCCCCGGGAGAGGACCAGCUGGCCCAGCUCGGCCUCACCUGCAGCGUGGUCACUGUGUGCAUGUACGCCUCCCCCCUCAUCGACCUGGUGGGGAUAGUGCGCAGACGCAACCUUGAGUGUCUGUCCUUCCCUCUGACCGUGGCCACCUUCUUCACCUCCACCUCCUGGGUGCUGUACGGCCUGCAGCUCCACGACAACUACAUCAUGGUCCCAAACACACCGGGCAUCUUCACCAGCCUCAUCCGGCUAUUCCUGUUCUGGAGGUUCUCCUCUGUCGCCGAGUCGUCUCCAGGCUACAAGCCCCUCAAACAGUGAAAGGGUGUCUCUCUCAUGCUCGAUGGAAAUGGCCUUAACAAGCGGACCCCCAUCAUGAGCGACGGGUUAUGCUCUGUGAGCACACUGUUGUCCUACGAGACUCAUCUUGUGCCACCAUUUCUAACCGGCUGAUGCCUCUGUGGGUGGAUAAGGGUGUAACACAAUGUGUUGUGUUGUUAGACCCUCUCUUGUUGGAUUGUGUUAUUCUACCUCAGCAGAGAGAUGCGGUAUGCAUCCAUAAAAUGGGGACUCAAUUCAAUGUAUAUGGUAAUGCAUGCGACCCAUAACCCUAUUUUGAAUUGUAAGUCAACAUGAGGCAUUCAUAUACAAUGAAGGGACAUGUGUGCAUACACUUGACAUACUGAGUUGAUCUACAGAUGAGAGACCAUUGUGUCUCCUUUCUGCAGUGGCCUCCUCAGUGUCUUCUGUUAUGUCUUAAGUCGCCAGGGAUCGUUGCACAUCCUGUUGACUGCUCUGCCAUCUGAUCUCUGCCAGCCCAUAUCUCCCCAAUGCCUUGUAGUGCCAAAAGACAAAGCUUUCUGUACAUCCUCGUAUCCUGUGUUUUGACAAGAGCGCUAGAUCAUGACACUCGCUCAGAGAGGGUAGUGGGGGUGUCUAUUCAGACCUGCCAUGUAUACAUUCAGUAUGUGUAUAAAUAUGAUAAAGAUAUAAAAUAUAAAGAUGUUACAUAAAUUACAUCAAUUUAUAAAUGGAUGUGGCUUUUUCUACAUACACACAUUGUGGAUGUUAUUUUUAUAAUCAUCUCUGCUCUGUAAAAAUGAGCCAUACUUCUUUAUUGAUUUUGUCUUGUUUGAGGACUGAUUUGCUGGUAGCUGGUUGUGUUUUUAUAAUAAAUAUAAACAAUUCAUGUGAUUGUUUCAGCUUCAACAGGAACAAAACCGCUAGAUUUGGCAAUAAAGGAAACAGCUGCAGUUUACUAUUUAAAUGAGUUAUUGGUGGAUGGUGGUGUUUUGUUUGUUAGUUUGUUUUGCAUGUAGUAAUGAGUUGACAUGGGAAUGUGUGGAAAGAAGAGGGCGAGAGAGGAAUCCAGGCUAAAACUACAAGGGCAAUAUGGGACGAGAGAUCUUUUGUGUAUGUGUGUGUGUGUGUGUGUGUGUGUGUGUGUGUGUGAGAGAACGAGUACACUGGGGCAGUGGUGGGAAAGUCCAUAUCAGGGGUUCUCAGUGUGUGUGUACACACAGUGUCCUUCUAAUCUCUAAAGUGUUGUGACAGGCAAACCAGUGCUGUGAUGAAGUGGUAUAAAAAAGGUACAUGUGUGUGUGUGUGUGUGUGUGAUAGUAUUAAAAUAUGCAGAGGGUAUGUUAAUGUGUGCAUGUUAAUUGGUGUAUACAGUGUGUGUAUUGUUUAAAAUAAAGUUACUGUGUGUGUCCUUG